AUGGAAAAGUUGGUCGGUCGAAGAAACGCGCAGUUAGUGCAAGUGAAGUGGCAGCUGGCAGCAGCCGAAAAACUCCACGAGCGAAACGCCUCGCACGGGGAGGUUUUGGAUCGGCUCGAACAGCUGCAGGAUCUGGCCAGAAAGUUCCGAGACACUCAAAGCGAGAUAGAGGAGAAUCAACCCGACCCGGAAGCAAUCGCCUCAGUGCACAUCUUUCGGGAGGAAUUCAACACGCACUUCUAUCGUGCGAAGGAUGCACUCGAGCGGUACAUUUCCCACAACGACAACGAUGACGACGGGGACAACAGUUCCAUUAGGGGCUCCUCAGGUAGCUACCGCUCGGUGGCCGGUUCCAGCAGAGAUCUUCGGGAGGCCAUGCAGAUGCUGUUGGAGGCCCAGCGAACGAUGAUGCUGCAGUCGUCGGGUGGCGGAGCAAACGUAAACGUCGAUCCCGCAGGAGGAGAGCAGAUGCCGAAUCAUGCACCCUUCGCAAACGUUCGGCUUCCUGCAAUAAAUGUGCCAACUUUCGAUGGCGAUCGGAAGAAUUGGAGAUCCUUCAAGGAUAUUUUCGUCCAAACGAUUCACGCUAGACGCGAUUUGCGUGAUUCGUUAAAAAUGCAGUAUCUGGUUUCGUAUCUGAGCGAUGAUGCGAAACGGCUAGUAAAUUCUUUCCCGAUUUCGGAUGCCAACUACAAGGAGGCGUGGGCGGCAUUGUCGAACUUCUAUGACAAGAAGAAAUACACGGUUUUCUCUCUUGUCCGGGAAUUUGUCGAGCAGCCUGUGAUCACCAAUGCUACUGCCGACAAUUUGCGCAAACUGGUCACUACUUCGGACGAGGUAGUUCGACAACUAAAUGCUCUGGGAGCGGAGUACAAUACACGCGACCCCUGGCUGAUCCACCUCUUGCUGGAGAAGCUAGAUAAGGACAUCCGGUCCUUGUGGGCCCAAAGGAUUAUCGACGUGGAGAACCCAUCCUACGAAACCCGGUUCCUCAAGUUCUUGGACAAUCGGUGCGACGCCCUCGAAACCUGCACGGCGUUCAGUAGGAAGGUGACAACAGAUGCUCAACGGAAGGAUCCCGGGAAGAAGAUGCAAGCUGAGAAGAAGAUGCAGUCGCUGCAUGCGACUACAGUGAUACAAAAGUGCGCGAAAUGCUCCAGCGAGCAUCCGAUUCAUAUGUGCGAAGAUUUUAAGAAAAUGGACUUACAGUGCAAACGCGAACUCGUACAAAAGGCGAAGUUGUGCUACAAUUGUUUCCGGCCUUCGCAUUCGGCGAAGAAUUGUGCCUCGAAGUCGGUGUGCCGCAUCGGCGGCUGUAAGCAGCGCCACCACACGCUGUUGUGCCCGAAGAUUGAAAACUCAAGUGAUCGGAAGGAAGAACGUAGUGAUGACCCGAAACAGCCAACGCAACCGUCACGAGAUCCCGUUGAUGUUGUUAGCUCGCUGGUGGUUCAGGUUCCGAAACCACUGAAUGAAACGUUCGUGCUGCCGACGGCGCUCAUCAACGUGAAGGCUGUGGACGGUGGGUUUCUGAAGUGUCGUGCGUUGAUCGAUUCUGGCUCUGGUGCUUCGCUCAUUACUGAGGCCUGCGUGAACAAGCUUGGCAUUCCGCGUACUAAUGGGAAGGUAGUGGCCUUCGGAUUGGCGCAACAGUCUGCCGGGACAACCCGUGGAAUCGUGAAGCUAGUGAUUGCAAAUCGGUGUAACGAGGCCGUUAUUCUGCGAACCAGCGCACAAUGGGAAAAAAUAGGUGCGGAUGUCUUUCUUGCCAUUCUCCAACCGGAGCAAGUCAAGGACGAAUUGGAGAACCCAGUCGCCCAGAACACGAUUUUCGGCUGGAUCGUACGUGGCAACCAAUCGAUCUACACAGCAGGGAUUCCCAGCAAUGUUUCCAUCAUCAACUUACACAUCGAGGUGGAUGUCAACCGUACUUUGCGCCAGUUCUGGGAACAAGAAGAAGUGCCGAAAUCGCAGCAGCUCGCACCAGAGGAGCAGGCCGCCGUGCAUUGUUUCCGGUCCACAACCACACGUGACGAUUCAGGACGCUUCAUCGUUCGGUUGCCUUUCGACGAAUCGAAGCCUGCGCUGGGUGAAUCCCUCACGCCAGCCAUCAAACGUUUGAGGGCCAUGGAGAAACGCUUCGAACGCGAUCCUGUUUUUCAUCGGCAGUACUGUGAUUUCGUCGAAGAGUAUCUCGCUCUGAGACACAUGGAGGAGGACAGAGACUUCCAACGGGUUGUAUGGCGUAGCGACCCUGGCGAACCCAUCAAUCACUUCCGUCUAUGUACCGUUACUUACGGAACGAAGCCGGCCCCGUAUCUGGCUAUCGAGGCCAUGCGAGAGGCAGCUAGAAACUACGAAACGGUCUACCCUGAAGCUGCCCAACGAAUAGUUCUGGAUGUGUACGUCGACGACUUCAUGUCCGGGGCGAAGAAUAUCGACGAGGCGAGACAGAUUCGCGUGAUUCAAGUGUGCGAGAUCCUGCGCUCUGCGGAAUUCAAUCUACGAAAGUGGACGACUAAUCGACCUGAACUUCUGAGCGACAACGAGUACACGGAGCAGAUGCCAGUGGAGAUGAAGCUUGCGGAACAACCGGAGGCAGUAAAAGCGCUUGGCAUCCAGUGGCUACCUAAGGACGACGUGUUUUCUUUGAAGGUGAGCCUAUCAGUAGACAGCGUCAACACUAAAAGACAGCUGCUCUCGGAUUCAUCGAGACUUUUCGAUCCGUACGGGUGGUUGUCUCCGAUUAUGGUGAAGAUCAAGAUCUUGUUUCAACAACUAUGA